AUGAAAGAAAGUGAAACGGGUGGGAAUUUUCACGGCUGGCCAAAUUCAAACAUCCAACCAAAACUUGGCAAUUUCAAUUCCAAAAUGGCAAAACGCGCCCCAAAUCUGGUUAUUGAUCGAGUCAACAUUGACCUUCCCGAGUACCAGGGAUCAGUGGAAGAAGUAGCGCGAGCGAAAUGCAUGUCCGCUUGGGAACAUUUGAAGAAAGAAGGAAAAACAGAUGUACGAGUGAUUGUUGAAGAUACGGCCUUGUGUUUCAAUGCCUUGGGAGGGCUGCCAGGGGUCUAUAUCAAGUGGUUUUUGAAGGAACUCAAGCCUGAGGGUCUUCAUCGAAUGCUGACCGGCUUUGACGAUAAAUCGGCAAAAGCAAUGUGUACGUUUGCCGUAAUGGGGGACGAAAUGCAGGAGCCCGAACUCUUCCAGGGAAUCUGCCCUGGCGAAAUCGUCGUUCCCCGAGGAGAAACGAGCUUUGGUUGGGAUCCGUGUUUCCAGCCGGAUCACGAGUCCGGUCACACCUUCGCCGAAAUGGACUCGGCCGUCAAAAACGGAAUUUCACAUCGUUCCAAAGCGCUGGAAAAAGUCAUUAACUACUUUGUCUCAAACCCAAACUAG